GAAUCAGUGUGUGCGUUGUCAGGUGUUUUGAAAAGCGAAGUAAGUAACUAUUUACUUACUACUGUAGUUUGACAUCAGCAGGGUGCUCACCUUCAUAAGCGUUGUGACUACGUUUCAAGCUUCAUCUUCAUCCCUUUCCAAGUAGGAGUUAGUUGUUGCUUUAUCAUCUGAUUGUGCUUCCCACUUCAUAACUCAGUGUGUUCACCUUGUAAAACUCGUCCAUACUCACUAUCAGUUCGCCUUUCGUGUUCGUGAUCCCAUUUCCUGAUUGUGGCUAUGGCUGAUGGAGAAAACGAAACGAAACACGAACGAAUCAUCCGGGAGCCGUUCCAUUAUAUCUGUCAAACUCCUGGCAAAGAGAUUCGCUCCAAGCUCAUAGAUGCGUUUGACUACUGGUUAGACAUACCUAAGGAUCGCCUGGAAUCUGUGAAGAAAAUUGUUCAAAUGCUGCACAAUGCCAGCUUAAUGAUUGAUGACAUCGAAGAUAACUCUGUACUGCGACGUGGCAUACCAGUGACGCACAGUGUGUUUGGUGUUGCCCAGACCAUCAACACUGCCAACUACAUGUACUUUGUGGCCAUGCAGCAGGCUGUAAGCUUGCAUGCCAAAGCAGUGGAUGUAUUCACCACUCAGAUGCUGGAGCUGCACCGCGGCCAGGGCAAGGACAUCUACUGGCGAGAUGCCAGCGUGUGCCCGUCCGAGGAAGAAUACCGGAUCAUGGUCAUUCAGAAGACCGGCGGGCUGUUCCGCUUGGCUGUUGGACUAUUGCAGUUGUUCAGUGAAAACACCACCAAUUUUGGUCCAUUCCUAGACAAGCUCGGUCUCUUCUUUCAAAUCCGUGAUGAUUACGCCAACUUGAUGUCAAGAGAGUACUCUGACAACAAGAGUUUCUGUGAAGAUCUGACUGAAGGGAAGUUCUCAUUCCCGAUCAUUCAUGGCAUCAACACUCGACCUGAAGACUCACAGCUGUUGAGUAUUGUCCGGCGGAAAACAACUGAUCUAGAUGUUAAGAAGUAUUGCGUGAAUCUGCUACACAAGAUGGGCUCGUUCGUCUACACACGUCAGGUUCUCCUUGCUCUUGAAAAAGAUGUGUUGUCGGAAAUUGAAGCAUUAGGUGGAAACAGCACUCUCCAGAAAGUUGUUGUAGCUCUGUCUCAGCUGUAUCAGGAAGAACCAGCACCGCUCAGCCCUGUCCCCAGUGGUAAAUCAUAAGUAGCAGUGUAGGGACUAUGACUACGGCCGCAUACAGUGAUGUAUGCUGUAUUUGUAAACUUGAUGACACCAACCGGUAUCUAUCUUGGUCUUUUCCCCAUCUAUCCUGUUGUCUGGCCCUGCUCUGUUGUAUAUUGCUGCUAUUUUCCACUGCUGCUGCUACUGCGUACUUGACUUACCUGCUGGCUCGGGUUGUUUUGUUCCGUUAUUCGCUCACAUACCACCUUUGUUCCACUGACACUGCGGUAGGGUGACUUACGCAAGUAUUCAUUCCGUCUUGGAGCUAAUGAAUAGCACAUACCGUGCGUGUUUGUACAAUCAUGUACUUCAAAGUUUGUUUAUAUUUUUACUAUUAUCAAUUUAUCAGAUAGCCGCUUCAGGUUUAUAUACAUGUACCCGGUUUUACCCUGCACUUUCAGAGAUGGGAGUAUGUGAAGUAGUCAUAGCAAGACUUUGACUCUUUCUAAAGACUUCAAUGGUAAUGAAAGAAAGAACUGUGUUGUACGUUUUAGUAGUGACUGACUUUAUCAUCAUGUCCAGUGUGCAUGCAUAUCUUUAAAAGGAUAAUACUAUUAAUAGAAAUACCUACUUGUCGAAAUCGAUGACGUGUCCAUGGAUGGUAUGGACAAAAAUAUUUUU